GGGGCGGGCGGGGCCGGAGCGGCGGGAGCGGGGCCGGGGCCGAGCCCAGUCCCAGGCCUAGGCCCGAUCCCAGGCCCGAGCCCAGCCCCGAGCCUCCACGGCCCUUCCCGCACGGACACCGCAGGUGAGCGGGGCGGGGGGCGGCGGCGAGGCGGAGACCGGUGGUCACAGCGUCGGGCGGGCCCGGGGCUCCCCGGUGUCCCCGUUAUGUCCCGUGUGCGGCACAGAACGCAGUCCCCGGGUGCGGGCUGCCCGGGCUGGUGCCGCGCUGGGACGCCUCUCUGGGAGGGGCACGCAUCUUGGCUGUUCCAGGUGACGCGAGAAGGAAAAAUCGGGGAAAAUAAGGCAGUGUUUGGGAAGAGCGCCUUUCGGCAGGAGACCCGCGGCGACCGGCGGCAGUUACCGUUCCGCACUUCUCAAAGGCUUUGCAUGACUUAAUUUCCCCGUGCUGAGUAUUCCGGGGGUAACUGUGAGUGAGCUCCCUGUUGUGACUCCAUCCAAGGACACUCGGGGGGAUUCCUGGGAUGUCCCGGGCACGGCGAGGAGCUGCCCGGCAGAGACAGGGAUGGCAGGAAGCAAAAAGCAGCAAACGCGUCCCUGUUUGAGGAUGGACUUUCUCAGUCGGCCGAGUUCCACUUGAUCCCUCCUCAAAAGAUCAUGGAUUUCCCAGGGCACUUUGAACAGGUCUUCCAGCAGCUCAACUACCAGAGGCUGCACGGGCAGCUGUGCGACUGCGUCAUCGUGGUGGGCAACCGGCACUUCAAGGCGCACCGCUCGGUGCUGGCCGCCUGCAGCACGCACUUCCGCGCGCUCUUCACCGUGGCCGAGGGUGACCAGACCAUGAACAUGAUCCAGCUGGACAGCGAGGUGGUGACGGCCGAGGCCUUCGCCGCGCUCAUCGACAUGAUGUACACCUCCACGCUGAUGCUGGGCGAGAGCAACGUGAUGGACGUGCUGCUGGCCGCCUCCCACCUGCACCUCAACUCGGUGGUGAAGGCCUGCAAGCACUACCUGACCACGCGGACGCUGCCGCUGUCGCCGCCCAGCGAGCGCGCGCAGGAGCAGAGCGCGCGGCUGCAGCGCUCCUUCAUGCUGCAGCAGCUGGGGCUCAGCAUCGUCAGCUCGGCGCUGGGCUCCUCGCAGGGCGCCGAGGAGCCGCCCGGCGCCAUGGGCGCGGCGCUGCGCGGCGGGCUGGAGCAGCGCGCCGCCUUCCCCAUGCGCCGCCUGCACAAGCGCAAGCAGUCCUCCGAGGAGCGCGCCCGCCAGCGCAUCCGGCCCGCCAUGGACGAGCCCGUGGCCGACGUGGCUGCCGAGAGCGGGCAGCCCGUGGUGCACUCGAGGGAGGAUUUCUUCUCUCCCGACUCGCUGAAGAUCGUGGACAACCCCAAGGCCGACACGGUUGCCGAUAACCAGGAGGACAACACGAUCAUGUUUGACCAGUCUUUCGGUGCUCAGGAGGAUGCUCAAGUGCCCAGCCAGUCAGACAACGGCGGGGGGAACAUCUCCCAGAUGUCCAUGGCGUCCCAGGCCACGCAGGUGGAAACCAGCUUCGACCAGGAGGCUGCUGCUGAGAAGAGCAACUUCCCGUGUGAAAAUCCGGAGGUCAGCCUCAAUGAGAAGGAGCACAUGAGGGUGGUGGUGAAGUCUGAGCCGCUGAGCUCCCCGGAGCCUCAGGAUGAGGUGAGCGAUGUCACCUCCCAGGCGGAGGGCAGCGAGUCGGUGGAGGUGGAAGGAGGAGUGGUGAGUGCAGAGAAGAUAGAGCUGAGUCCCGAGAGCAGUGACCGCAGCUUCUCGGACCCUCAGUCCAGCACCGACAGGGUGGGAGACAUCCACAUCAUGGACGUGUCCAACAACCUGGAGCACAAGUCUUCUUUCAGCAUUUCAAAUUUUUUGAAUAAAAGCAGGGGAGGUGGCUUUGGCACCAGCCAAAACAACGACGACAACAUUCCCAACACCACCAGUGACUGCAGGAUGGACAGCGACGCCCCUUACCUGAUGAGCCCGGAGUCGGGGCCCGCCGGUGGCCACUCCUCUGCCGCCGUCUCGCACGUGGAGAACCCGUUCAGUGAGCCCGCGGACUCCCACUUUGUGAGGCCCAUGCAGGAUGUGAUGGGCCUGCCCUGCGUGCAGACCUCCGGCUACCGAGCAGCGGAGCAGUUCGGCAUGGAUUUCCCCCGCUCAGGCCUGGGCUUGCACUCGCUGUCUCGGGCCAUGAUGGGCUCUGUGAGAGGCGGAGCUGGUGGCUUUCCUGGCUACCGCCGCAUCGCCCCCAAAAUGCCCGUGGUGACCUCUGUGCGGGGCUCGCAGCUGCAGGAGAGCUCCUCGGGCUCGCAGCUGAUGAUGAACGGGAGCACGUCCUUCGAGGGCGGGCACCUGUCGCAGCCGGGCCCGCCGCAGCUGACGCGCGCCUCGGCCGACGUGCUGUCCAAGUGCAAGAAGGCUCUGUCGGAGCACAACGUGCUGGUGGUGGAGGGCGCGCGCAAGUACGCCUGCAAGAUCUGCUGCAAGACCUUCCUGACGCUGACGGACUGCAAGAAGCACAUCCGCGUGCACACGGGGGAGAAGCCCUACGCCUGCCUCAAGUGCGGCAAGCGCUUCAGCCAGUCCAGCCACCUCUACAAACACUCUAAGACCACCUGCCUCAGGUGGCAGAGCAGCAACCUGCCCAGCAGUUUGCUGUGAGCUGCCGGCCCGGCGCGGAGGAGCCCCGCCGCCGGCGGGGACGGGCGGGCGCACACCGGCGUGCCACGGUGCCAAACACAGUCUUGGCUCUGCCAUUGGGGAUAUCCGGUACCUACCUCGCGGGUGUCGCCGCCAGAGCCGCGCGGCGGGAUGGGGAUGAGACCCCACGGGUGGGGAUGAGACCCCACGGGCGGGGAUGAGACCCCAUGGGUGGGGAUGAGACCCCACUGUGGGGAUGAGACCCCACGGGUGGGGAUGAGACCCCACGGAUGGGGAUGAGACCCCACGGCGGGAUGGGGAUGAGACCCCACUGUGGGGGCGGGGAUGUGACCCCACGGCGAAGAGCCCCUUUGCAGGGCAGAGGGGUGACAGCACGGGGGUCUCCUGAAAUAGCACGGUUUGAGAACAGCGAACUGACGUGCGUGUUUCUUUUUUUUUUCUUUUUCCUUCUCUCUAAAGCAUUUUGUAACAGUGAAAGCAUUUAAAUGAUUACUGUAACAUGAGUUGCUGCAUUACGUGAGGAUGGUGGUGCAGAGCCCUUACCUUUAAAAGAGAAAAACGGCUUAGGCUGCACCUGUCUGACAUAAUGCUUUAAAAUAUGCUAAUUAUGACAAUAGUUCUAGGAUUAUGAAUGUAUGUUUGGCUGUUUUGUAGUAAAGGACACUGUGUAAUCAAGGUGCUUAAAUUAAAUCCCAGACAAGUAACUUCUGGACUGCCAGGUGUACAUAUAACUUUAAUACAGCAAGAUCUGGAUAUUUGGCUGGUUUUUUUUCCUGUAGAAACGAGUAUUAAGUGGUAAGUGAAGUACUGUCUGUUGUUUGUGCUAUUCCUAGCAGUAUUUUAACCAGUUUGUAUCUCCUAUGUUACAAUUCUAUAUAUGCAGAAGUUUGAGCAGAGCUUGUCUUUGUCUGUCGUUUUGAAGGAGAGGGAAUCUGUGCUGGCUUUUUUGGCCACGGAAGGCAAGCAGCAUCUGGCUGCUGCCAGAUGCCCACAGUGCAUCUGGUCCCCGUUAUGGCGUGAGCAUGUUGUCUUUUCCUCUUAUCUCCAGGCUUUAAUUUCCUGCCCGGCACGCUGGGCGACUUCCCUUGGCAGCUGUGCAUCUGUCCUUGGAGCACGUGGCUGCUAGGUCAGGAGCAGUCCUGCUUUGCCAUAUUGCACAGAGUCACAGGCUGUGCUCAGCUGGAAGGGAGCCCUCGGGAUCACUGUCCAGCUCCUGGCCUUGCCGAGGAUACCCCAACAAUCCCAUCUUGUGCCUGACACUUCUUCACCUCAGGCAGCCUUGGGGUUGUGACCCCAUCCCUGGGGAUCUUGUUCAGUGCCAGACCACCCCUCUGGGUGAAAAGCCUUUCUGGUAGCCAACCUAAACCUCCCCUGACUCGCCUUCAGCCGUUCUCUCACGUCCUGUCACUGGUCACCAGAGUGAGGAGGUCUGUACCUGCCCCUCUGCUGCUCCUCAGGAGGAUGAUGAGGAGGAUGAAGACCCCGGUGAGGUCUGACCUCAGUGCCCUCUCCUCCAGGCUGAGCAAACCAAGUGCCCUCAGCUGCUCCUCGUAAAGCUUCCUCUCCACUGCCCUCAGCAAGCCCACGGCCUCCUUUGGACAGGCUCUGACAGCUGAAUGUCUGCAUGAUGGUGCUCACACUGCCCCAGCACCUGAGGGGAGGCUGCCCCAGAGCAGAGCAGAGCAGAGCAGGACCCCCUCCUCACCCUGCUGCUGACACCCCCAGGACAUGACUGGCCCUCCUGGCUGCCAGGGCACGGCUGGCUCACAUUCUGUAAAAUGUCCUUGUCAAAUCCACUUAAGCUAGUGUCAUAAAAGUACUUUCCCCCUUACGUUUAAAAAAAGCUAAUGUGAAAUUAAUUUUAAAGAAAUGGCACUGUACACACACAGCAGAAAGUGGUCUUUUUCCACAAAAGUCAUGUAAAAUGACUUUUUAAUUUCCUCUUCUUUGGCGCCACCGUCACUUAACACUGCCUGCAGUCUCCUUUCUUCCUUGUCAAAGGUGCACACGAACUGGGCUCAGCAUUCUUGAGUUUUAAAAUAAACUUUCAGAGCAUUUGUGCUGAUGGAGACCCAGGGGCUGGGUCCAGGCUGCAGCAUGUCCUGCUCAGGUGAGACAGAGGACUCCCUGCACCUGCCCUGUCAGCCUGUCUUGCACCUUGACCAUCUGAGGAGUGCAGAAACACAGGAGAGGUUGGAUUAAUUCCUUUAAAGUGUUAAUAUUUUGUUAUAGGGUUUACUUAAUGAUCAUAUAUCUGGCUCUUGAUUUUUUUUUUCUUUUUUUUAAGCAUUAAAGUAACACUUUUUUAAAGCAGUGGGAUAUGCUGUGUUUUGUUUUAAAUAAUCUCAGUACUGGGGACUAACAGCAUUGAGCUGCAUAAACACUCUCCCAAACAUCAGUAAAAUGCAGUAUUUUGUACUUUAAUAUUUUCUUGUGUUGCUUUAUUAAGUAACACUUUCAUCUUUGUUGCAUUUCUAGUGUUUUGCAUUUCAAAAACAAGGCUUUUUUUUCCUGUUGUGUUUCCUGUAGCACAUCCACAUUUUUGAAUUGUUGCAAUGUUUUGGAAUAAAGCAUCUCUUUGUGCAGUGAGACUAACUUAACUAGGAACUAAUACGAGCAGAUAAACACUUGACUGCACUCUUGCAGUGUUUUUAUCAGAAUUUUAGCGUGGAAUAUCAGUGCAGGAGGACUUCUGUAUUCUUUCUUUGUGAAGAAGUUUGGCAGUGCAGCUUUAAAUUCCAUGGUCGGUUGGUGUGAGCCCUGGGGCCUGCAGCUGCCUCUGCAGCUUCCUGAGUCUUCCUGAACAAAGCAAUAAAUUCCUGGGAAUAGCACGAAUGAACACCUGGGGCCUGAGCUGCCUGCUCCAGUGAAGGGUGUCCCACCCCACAGCCUGGAGAGCCUGUGCUGAGCUGAGCUCAGAGGGGAGCCUUGCACUGGGGUCUCGCGGGGAGCUGUGGGGCUGUCUGUUCCGAAGCACCUGGAAAUAAACCCUGCAUCUGCUGUG